ACACCAGUUAAUUCAAAUGAGAACGGAGAAUGCAUUUCCAAAGGAGGAAGAUUUUCGCCAUGCGAAUCAGAAGAAAAGCCUCCCAAAUCCGUUUAUCUUGAUUUUAAGGAUCGAAACCUGUGUGAAGUGUUCCAUGGGAAGACUUGUUGCUCUGUUUCACGGACGGACUCGGCGUCAUUAGCUGUCGAAAACCUGGCUACUUAUGGUGAAGCUGCUAAAGAUUGCUUGGAUUUGUUUGAGCUCUUGGAAUGUUCAAUCUGUGACCCAAAUGUUGGGAUUCAGCUAGGACCUCUUGGCAUCUGUGCCUCGCUUUGUGACAGAGUCUUUGAAGCUUGCUCAGAUGCUUACUUUAGUAGUGAUGCCAGUAAUCAGGUUAUAGUCCCGUGUGGAGCAAGCGAAGGUAUCAUCUGCGGGAAAGCUUCUAAAUGGGAGUCUAACGGCACAGCGUUCUGCGAUGCCGUGGGUUUCACUGUUCAUACAGCUGAUGAUUGCGUACAAGAGCCUUGUUACGGAAGCAAAUCAAGUUUAGAGCCAGUGGUGGAAUCACUCAUAAAAUCGGGAAUUUUGCGUCGUCUCAAGGUCUUCAAGGAGCUGGUUAGAGAGAUGACACUGGUUCAGCAGAUAUCUUGGGUAGUUACACUUGUUGUACUAGGAACAAUGCUCUUUAACAGGUGGCGUUAUCAGCAGCGAAUGCGAGCUAUGAUUGAGAGAUAUGCGAGAAGAUUGAUAAGGAACAGGAGGCCUAGGAGAAGAUUAACUAUCUUUUUUUUAACAUUCGAAACAUAU